UCAAAAAAUCACACAGCCUUACCACACUCUUAUUCCAAGCUUGCUUUUGUUUUAACAAAACUAAGCGGAACAGAAAAAAAAAAAAAUGAUGUCUACUACUGUCUAUUUCUUGAUAUUUUUGUUUGCUGCACUUGGCAUGCAUGCGACCUUAGCGUAUGGUCAAGGUACCCGUGUCGGCUUCUACUCCACUACAUGCCCACAAGUGGAGUCGAUCGUUAGAUCAGCAGUGCAAGCUCGUUUUAAUACCGACCCUACAAUUGCUCCUGGGUUGCUCAGGAUGCACUUUCAUGAUUGUUUUGUUCGUGGUUGUGAUGGUUCGAUCCUUAUUGAGGGGUCAAACACUGAACAAACUGCUAUUCCUAACUCAAAUUUAAGAGGAUUUGAUGUUAUUCAAAAUGCCAAGACUCAACUUGAUUCUAUAUGUCCUGGAGUUGUCUCUUGCUCUGAUAUCCUUGCCCUUGCUGCACGUGAUUCUGUGGUCCUGACUGGAGCACGUAGUUGGCCAGUUCCUACGGGGAGAAGAGAUGGAAGAGUUUCACUGGCAUCUGAAGUUGGUCCCAACAUUCCUGCAUUUACUGACUCUGUUAAUGAGCAAAAACGAAAAUUUUCUAUAAAAAAUCUCAACACUCAGGAUCUUGUCGUCCUUGCAGGUGGACAUACCAUUGGAACUGCAGCAUGUGCUGUAAUUACAGGCAGACUAUUCAACUUCAAUGGAACAGCUGGUGCAUCUGAUCCUUCCAUAAGCCCGUCAUUUCUCCCAGUAUUGAAAUCUCUUUGUCCCCAAGAUGGCAAUGCAGGAACACGUGUACCAUUAGACACAGGAAGUGUAGACAAAUUUGACACAUCUUACUUUACAAACUUGAGAGAUGGCAAAGGAGUUCUCCAAUCCGAUAAGGUGUUGUGGACAGACACUUCCACCAGACCUAUUGUCCAACGAUUCUUCGCCCUUAAUGCUUUCAGCAUUGAAUGCAGAUCCAUGAUUAAAAUGAGUAACAUUGGAGUUCUAACUGGCACGCAAGGUGAAUUUCGUAAAGUUUGCGGAAAAUUAACUAAGCAUCACUAAGUAAUUAAAUAAAGUUAUGUACGAUUGGUGUACUAUAUUGUCAAGUGCUAGUAAAAGUGAUAUAUAUAUAUAUAUAUCUCUAUAUGGCGUAAGCUAUAUAGUUAGCAAAGCAUGUUAGUCAAGGCUAAAAUAAGGAGAGAAAAUAAUAGAGAUGCAAGUUGUCGGUUAAAAGGAAAUCAUUGAAGUAGACACGCGCGGUGACGGAUUUGUCUUCUGUCACUCGCUCAGCUUCUUAAUUUUCUUCACAAAUGUGUUUUGUUUCCCACACGAAUACUUGUACCACAAGAUCUAGCUAUCUGCCUAGUUUGUUAUGAACUUUGAUUAUCUCUGUUAAAUCAACAUAUAUUACCA